AUGUUUCCUUAUUUUAGAUCUCCAGACAAGAACAUGGCUUCUGAUGAAAGGGAGAUAGUGGUUUGGGUAUGCCAGGAGGAGAAAAUUGUGUGCGGACUGACAAAGCGCACAACCUGUGCUGAUGUGAUCCAAGCUCUACUAGAGGAACAUCAAGCUACAUUUGGAGAAAAAAGGUUUCUUUUUGGACAACCUAGUGAUUAUUGUAUCAUAGAAAAAUGGAGAGGCUCUGAGCGGGUCCUUCCCCCGCUGACAAAAAUGCUGAGACUUUGGAAGGCCUGGGGAGAGGAGCAGCCCAAUUUGCACUUUGUUCUGGUGAAGUCAGAUGCUUUCCUCUCAUUUCCGUUGUGGAGGACAGCUGAAGCAAAGAUAGUACAAAACAUAGGAAGACAAUGGGAGCUCAGCCCAGCGAAUUACAUGAAGUUGUUGCCAGUGGAUAAGCAAAAGAGGAUUGUUAGAAAGACUUUCAGGAAACUGGCCAAACUUAAACAGGACCAUACUCUGCAAGAGCGAGACAAUAUGGAGACACUGAUUCAUCUGAUCAUUUCCCAAGAUCAUACCAUUCAUCAGCAAGUCAACAGAAUGAAGGAAUUGGAUACGGAAAUUGAAACAUGUGAAGCCAAAUUCCACCUAGUUCAGGUAGAAAAUGAUGGAGAAAAUUAUGUGCAGGAUUCUUAUUUAAUGGCCACUCCAAAUGAUGCUGAGCAACAAACAAAUGUGCCACAUGGUCAACAUCAGAUGCAUGAAUACUUGAGCAAAAGUGAUGGAAUUUUACAGAUGGAAGAAGGACUGAAACAUCACAAACUACUAAUUGAAAAGCUCUGUGCUGAAAUUGAAAAAGAGGUAAAAGGUGUAUGCACUGAAACAAAUGGAGAUGGUAAAUGCAUGGCAGAGGCCUUAAAUGGCCAACUAGAAUCCUCAAAUUUAGAAAGUGUCAAACAUGAAUUGGAAAAAAGUACGAAAGAUGGCUUGAGAAUCCACUCUCACUUGAGCUGCAUUCAGAAAGAGCUUACCUACAGGGACUUGCUGCUGCAAAAGAAGGAAAAAGAAUAUGAACUCCUUGCGGAAGAAUUUAAUUCACUGCAUAUCAAAGACAAAAUUGAAUCCAGAUGUCCAGCUAAUGAAGAGCAGGCAAAAGGCAGCGAGGUUUCCAGCAAGUGUGUCGCAGUGCCAGACUUUGUUCGUAAAGUGAUUAAUGUAGACAUAAAUGAUACGGACUCUGACACUGGAAUCAGCUCGACUCAUAGUCAGGACUCUGAAACAGCUUUAGGAGACAUGAUACUGUUGUCAACAUAG